AUGCAGGUCCGCCCAUCUCUCGGAGGGGAUCGCUACGUACCCCCUACUGCGCCGCAUAUCCCCAGCAGCGCGAUCCAGUCGCUCAUACCCCGUCUGACAACGACGAUCAAUGACAUUGACGCGUUCAAGAACCUCUUGGGCCAGGGCGCCGCCAACGGGUCCAUGCCGAACUGGGGAACCUUACUUCAGCGUUACUCUCUCCUCCUUGGGCGGAUCAAUGCGCUCUCAACCUACCUCGCCCAACCUGCACCCGCACCUCCCGUCCGAACAGGCGUCCCCCGUGCCCCACCCGACCCCCGUCCCGCUCUCGAGCGAUACAUCGUCCACCCCCUCAAUCCCCUUCCGGCAUCUGCGGACCCCAUAGCUCCCGAGGCGUUCUUCCAAGUGAUCAACACCCAGUCUCUACCUGCCGUCUCGGACGCCCAGGCCGAACUGCUCGCCCGGCGCGAAUGGAAGGGCAAGGAAGAGCUGCGGGGGCUAGGCGAAAUGGAUCUAGGGCGGAUCAUGAGUGGCCUAAAAUCGAGACUGGAGCGGGAGAUGAAGAUUGCCGAGGGGCUUAGGGGGGCGUUGGAGAGCGCUAGUGAGGAGUAUGAGUGGGGGAUGAGGGUGGAUGCUGCCGAGGGAGAGGAGGAUGGGGAGAAGAAGGAUGAAGAGGAUGAUGAUCUCUUUGGGGAAGAGGGGGAGAUGGAGGAGGUCAAGGCAGCACAGGCGGCGAAGCAGCUGGCGCCGAACCCGAGGGAGGGGUGGAAGAUAGCCGAUUACAUGCGGUAUAUGGAUACAGGCGUGCCUCCGAAUGUCACGACAUGA